AUGAUCGCUGCUCUUUCGCUACUCGCGGCCGCACUGACAGCCUUCGCUUCGCCGACACCAGGACCCGUUCCCACCGGCGGACUGCAGGAGCGCGCUCCCUGGAACCCGACGACAAAGGGACCGUACUCCGCGCUGAGCGCCGAGGGGUACUCCUCCUGGAACGCUGAUGCCCGCUGGGCUGCAACUGGGGCUGCGGCGACGAGUGCACCUCGGUCCCCGGCGGGAGCAGCGUCAAGCUCCUCUUCGCUGGCGGAGACAACGGCGACGUCCCGUACUGAGGCUGAAGAAGUCCGAUGGCACCACAUGGUUCUCUUCCCAGCGGCACAGCGAGCUAACCUUCCAGACUAUGUUGCACAGAACGCCUCGCACGUCAUUGUCUCCAUGCGCGGCCUGAACGGCCAGAGCGCCGAGAGCUGGACCAACGCCCUGGGGAUCAGCUACGUGACGCCGGACAAGGCGUGGUUCCCGGGCUCCCCGGGCAAGGUGCACGACGGCUUCUACGGCGUGUUCAAGGAUGUGCGUGCCGAGGUGCUCAAGCACGUGGAAGCGGCGUGCGAGGGCGGGCUGAAACAGGUCCUCGUCGCCGGACACAGCAUGGGCGGGGCCGUCGGCGAGCUCCUCGCCGUGUACCUCCAGAAGCAGCUCGGUGUCACGGUCACGGCGAAGAUGUUCGGUCCCGCCCGUGUCGGGAACCAGGCCUGGGCCAAGUAUGUCGACGCAACCCUGCCCGGACGCUAUGCGUUCAUGACCAUCUUUGACGACAUUGUGCCCCACCUCCCGCCCAUGUGGCUCGAUUACAGGCAUCCCUCAAAUGAGGUCUGGAUGAUGCACACGGACAAGCCGCAGGAGUGGCGGGUGUGCGAGGGUCAGGAGAACGAGAAUUGCUCAGACAGCAUCAGCGACAAGGGUGAGGCGACUAUCACCAAGGCGCACGUCGGGCCGUACGCCGGCAUCAUGAUGGAGUGUGAUUGA